GGCUGACAAUUCACUCGCUACUGUGACGGAGUAAGUGCUCGCCUUGUCGGAGCGAAAGUACCGCGACUUUGGUUAUUGUUUUUCGGUCCAUGCAAAGCACUGAUCUCGGCCAAUCGGUUCAGCUGAAUGAACUCUAUCGAAUGCGCCUGCUUGCCCGGCUAAAACCCCCUCGACGCAGUUCCAAUCAGCCCCAACCCCGGAAUCGGACCUAACCUCACCGAGUGUUCCGCAGUUGCCAAAAAUUGUUGUUUUGAAAAAGUGCAAUUAACGCGCACCAGUGUGAAGUGCAGUUCGUAUUGCAGCUGAAUUAGCCCGAGCGGAGGAGCCCACGGAGCGCCAGUUGCGAACAAGCCCCCGGCGAGCAAGUGGCCGUCGCCAGUUUGUUGCGUAGUUCCUCGCAUCUCAUCUCCUCGUUCCUGUCGCUGUGAAAAUUACAUAACAAGAAAAAAGUUGUCUGAAUUGCGGCUGAGAAGCAUUCGAGCGUCGGCGACAGAAAACCGGUGCCGUUUCGAAGAGGAAGGGUUUCUUCGCUUCCGCCCUGGCAAGCGAGAAAGUGGAUACAAAGUGAAAGAGUGACUUGGCGCCGGCAUCCAGAUCGUUGGAUUUGACCCCCUCGCGUAGCUGCCAAGGGCGCUGAGGACAAUUCGUGGCAGAAGGACCGUGCAGGAGUCGCUUCGCGUGGUGCCCCAAUCGCUUCCGUGCCGUGCGAUACUAUGUAACUGCACAAAGUGGAAAAAGUUGGUGCAAGUGAAGUUCAGUGUGAUUGAGUCGUUCCCAAAAAUUCAACUGUGUUUCGUGAAGUGAUCCCAACCCCGCGGUCAAGGGUCGGCCAAGGUUCAAGAACGAUGUCCAAGCGGGAGCGCGAUACCGUCAUUCAUCUGGUCGCAGGAGGCGUUGCAGGAACAGUUGGAGCAGUAGUAACAUGUCCUCUAGAGGUUGUCAAAACACGUCUGCAGAGCUCAUCAGCCUUCUUGCAACCACCACGGAUAGCAGAGCUACCAGGCGGUUCCAACCCCACAUCAGAGGCCAUACUACGACCUGAACAACGAAGAAAAUUAUGUACGACUAUUUUAAGAAAAAGGCCACAGAUAAUUGCAAUAUCACACUGCGGAAUAUCAUCCUCAGCGAAGUCAAUGAGCAUAAUGCAAUGUUUAAAGCACAUAGUACAAAACGAAGGCCCCCGGGCACUUUUCAAAGGACUUGGUCCAAAUUUAGUCGGUGUUGCUCCAUCUCGUGCGAUAUAUUUUUGUGCAUAUUCACAAUCCAAGACAACAUUGAAUAAGUUAGGUAAUCUCCCACCAGACUCGCCAAUUGUUCAUAUAAUAAGUGCAACAUGUGCCGGUUUUGCAGCAUCAACAGCAACAAAUCCAAUUUGGUUCGUAAAAACGCGUUUACAAUUGGAUUACAAUUCAAAAAAUCAAAUGAGCGUGCGUGAGUGUAUUAAACGAAUUUAUGCGAAGUCGGGUGUGCGUGGCUUUUAUAAAGGAAUAACGGCCAGCUAUUUUGGUAUAUCCGAAACUGUUAUACAUUUUGUGAUUUAUGAAGCUCUUAAAGCGAAACUUAUUGAGCUUCGACACAAACAUCCAUUAGAUGGUAAGACGUCGAGAGAUUUCUUAGAAUUUAUGCUGGCCGGCGCCAUAUCGAAGACUGUUGCUUCAUGUAUUGCGUACCCGCACGAAGUUGCACGAACUCGAUUACGUGAAGAGGGUAAUAAGUACCAAACGUUCUGGCAAACAUUAUACACUGUGUGGAAGGAAGAAGGAAAGGCUGGAAUAUAUCGGGGAUUAGCAACACAACUAGUCCGUCAAAUACCAAACACUGCUAUCAUGAUGGCAACAUACGAGGCUGUGGUCUAUGUGUUAACACGACAUUUCAAUAGCGACUUCUACAGUCCGUCUUAAAAGGAAACAAAAAAAUUGUGAUGAUUCUCAUGCACUCAGCCCGCUUCAUCUCGUGGCAGUGCAAUAACGCUUAAACGAUAGUCUUUAAACGUAAGCAAAAGUAAACACACAAUAAAAUACAACACAAAAAAAAUGUAACAAAAAAGCACUCGAAACAUAUUUUUUUUUUAAUUUUAUUUAUGGAUAAAAAUUAAAAAUGAAACAAAUUAAGAUUCAAACUACGUUCUGACUGUGUCUUUGCGAAAUUAGACUUUCGGCUAGGCUAGUUCACUUGUUUCCUACGAGUUUCAUUAAAGUUAAAACAAAAUAAUUAAAACCAGCAGACAACGGAAGUAACAGAAAACACCAACAAUUUAAACUGUAAAAAAGUCAGAAUCGAUAGUAGCUCUUAAGUCGGAUGCAAGAAGUAAUUUGAUAACCAAAAAACAUGAAAAAAAAAACAGAAAAUGCAUAACAUUAGUUGAUCGUUAUAUUGUGAUGUUGUAGAUCUAUAGGAUCCUUAUAGAUCUAUUUAUUUAAACGAAGGAGUAAAUGAAAGAAUUCGAUUUUUUCAUAACCACGAAAGAAGAAUUGAAAAAAAUGUUCUAAAUAUUGUAUUUUUUAAUCAUAUACACAAACAAAUAUUUAAAACAAUACCGAGCACAUAAUAUCACCAAGUUAUAACGAAUUUUUCAAAUAUUCAGAUUACACCCAUUGAUGUCCUCCAUUUUAAUUUCCAUUCACUUGGCACCGUUCAUAGUUUCGUCUAAGAGUCCUUUGCCGGCUCCUUUUGUCUCUUAACAUUAAUACACGCAAUAAACACAAAAUAAAACAAACAAAAAAAUAUGAAAUUGAAUUGCUAAAUAUCAGUGACGCUUCUACGUAAUCUCUUCACGAGAAUAUCUAAUAUUGUGGUUGCAAAAUAUUCGAGAAAGAUACAAUAAUUUUUCUUAGAAAAGUAACGAGUUUCUCCCAGCAUAACUAUUUUUGGAUCAUGCGAGAAAAUUGAAUGUAACGUAAAUUGAAAAGAAAAGGCUGCUCUGUUAUUUUUUUAAUGAACAUUAUUAUGAAAUAAUGGUGUAAAAAAGAAAGAUGUUCUGUAAAUAGUAAAUUUAGUGUGUAAUUAGUAGUGUAGAGUAGUGAGUUGCGUGUGUGAACGAGAACGCGAGAGAGAGAGAGUUAAUUAUUAUGUUAAUAGUGAUUAAGUGAAUCAAUAAAAACUGAAGUUUUUUGUUA